AUGGGGACCACCGUCGCGACGAACGCGCUGUUGGAGCGCGCCGGCGAACGGACGGCUCUCUGCGUGACACGUGGCUUUCCGGAUCUGCUGCGGAUCGGUAACCAGGCACGGCCGCGCAUCUUCGAUCUGACGGCUCGGCGCGCUUCGCUGCUUUACGAGGAGGUGGUGGAGGUGGAGGAGCGCGCGCAGGUGCUGCCGGGGGAAGAGGCGCAGGGGGAGGGCCGGGGGAAGGGGGAUGGUGAGGCGGAAGGCGGGAGGGAGGGGGAAGUGGGUCUGUUGGAUGGGGGGGAUGAAGCGGGGAAGCGCACGGUGCGCGGAGUUUCGGGGGAGCUGUUGCGCGUGCUAGUGCCGCUUAACAUCGAGAAGACUCGAGCCGCGCUGGAGAAGGUGUUGGCACGUGGCAUCAAGUCAUUGGCCAUCGUGUUCCUCCACUCUUACACGUUCCCGGACCACGAACGCGCAGUGGCGGCUUUAGCGCGGGAGAUGGGCUUUAAUCAGGUCUCUGCGUCGAGCGAUCUCGUUCCAAUGGUCAGGAUUGUGCCACGUGGACACACUGCCUGCGUGGACGCCUAUCUGACCCCCGCUAUAUGCACCUACGUGGGGAAGUUUUUAGCGGGGUUUGACUCGGGUCUUGCUGACGUGGCAGUGUCGUUUAUGCGGUCGGACGGAGGGUUGACUCCCGCCCAAGCCUUCACGGGUUACCAAGCCAUCCUGUCAGGUCCAGCAGGAGGUGUGGUUGGAUUCGCCCGAACCACAUUCGAGUUCGAGGUUCGGGAAAUGGAAGGUCUGGAAGGACUUUUGUCUGUCGUCAGCAGCAGCAAAGAAAACAACCAAGACGAUAAGGACAAGACAAAAGACGAUUCUAUUGGUGCUGGUACAGCAGCAGAGGGAGCGCUGAGGUGUCGUCCCGUGAUUGGCUUUGACAUGGGCGGCACAUCCACUGAUGUGUCAAGAUACGCAGGGGGCGCAUACGAGCAGGUUUUAGAAACCACCACAGCCGGAAUCACCAUCCAAGCCCCCCAGCUCGACAUAAACACUGUAGCAGCGGGCGGCGGCUCUCGUCUUUUCUUCGAGUCGGGCAUGUUACGUGUGGGGCCCGCAUCAGUAGGGGCCCAUCCCGGCCCGGUCUGCUACAGAAAAGGCGGGCAGUUGGCAGUGACAGAUGCCAACCUGCUAUUGGGCCGCGUGCUGCCCGAAUAUUUUCCCGCCAUUUUCGGGCCGAACGAGGACCUCCCAUUGGACGAGCAGGCGGCGAGGGAGGCAAUGGUUGAGCUGGCAAAAGAAGUGAACCGAGGGAUGGGUGGGGAGGGAGGUGAGGGGGACAAGGAGGGGGAGGGGGGAGAGGAGUCAGGGCAAGACGGAAUGUCAGUAGAAGAGGUGGCGAUGGGGUUUAUCCGCGUGGCAAACGAGGCCAUGUGCCGACCAAUCAGAGAGCUCACAGAGGCUCGGGGUCACGAGACCAGCUCGCACGUGCUCGCUUGCUUCGGCGGUGCCGGGCCUCAACACGCGUGCGCUAUAGCCCGCUCCCUCGGGAUCUCCACGGUGUUUGUGCAUCGGCUGUGCGGGAUUCUAAGUGCGUACGGCAUGGGGUUGGCAGAUCGGGUGGUUGAGAUGCAGGAGCCGGCUGCUGAGGUGUGCUCCAAUGAGAGCCUGCCACGUGUGCUGGAGAGGGCGGCAAGGAUGGAGGAGCAGGUGUGGGCGGCGUUGUGCGGCCGGGGGAGUGGGGAGGGGGGUGAGGGUGAGGGAGAAGGAAAGGAAGGAAAAGGAGUGAGGGGAGACGGAGAGAGGGGAGAUGUAGGGGAGGGGAGAAAGGAGGGUGGGGAGGAGGCAGGGGUGUGGACGCAGGUGCUGCUGAACCUGCGAUAUGACGGCACGGACACGGCUCUUAUGGUCGAAGCACCACCCACACACACCCUCCCUUCCACCUCGCCCCCAUCUACCUCUCUCUUAUCCACCACCCCCCCUGCCACACACCCAGCAGCGUCAUUCGACUUCCUGGGGGCGUUCAAGCGGCGGUUUGAGCGCGAGUUCGGAUUCGACCUGCAGGGCGAUCGGCGCGUGUUGAUCGAUGACAUCCGAGUGAAGGGCGUGGCUCCAUCUGGCGUGCUGCAGCAGACGGCCAUUCCCAGGGCUGGCGCAGGUGAAGAGGGGGCAGGAGGUUUGGUGGCAGCGGGGGCGGCAGAGGCGGAGGCGGUGCAGCACCGGGUGUACUUUGAAGGCGGGUGGCAGGAUACGGCAGUAUUCCGGCUGGAGAAGCUGCGGUGGGGGCAUGUGGUGGUGGGGCCGGCAGUGAUUCUGAACGGCACGAGCACUGUGGUGGUUGAGCCGGGAUGCACUGCUGGGAUCACCAAGUAUGGCAAUAUCGUCAUUGCUAUGGGGCGAACGCUGCAGCGCACGGCCAUCUCGACCAACAUCAAGGAGCGCCUCGACUUCUCCUGCGCCCUCUUCUCCCCCGACGGGGGCCUCGUGGCCAACGCUCCCCACGUGCCUGUGCAUCUGGGGGCUAUGUCGGAUACUGUGCGGUGGCAGCUUGAGUAUUGGGGGAGAGGGGCCGGGGUGGCGGAGGGCGGGUUGCAGGAAGGGGAUGUGCUUGUAACGAAUCAUCCCUGCGCUGGGGGGAGUCACCUGCCGGAUAUCACUGUAGUCACGCCGGUGUUUCGCGAGGGUAGGAUUAUAUUUUUUGUCGCGAGCCGAGGGCAUCAUUCGGAGAUCGGGGGAAGUACCCCUGGGAGCAUGCCGCCGUUUUCGAGGAGUAUUUGGGAGGAGGGAGCGGCGAUUCGGACGAUGAAACUGGUGAAGGGAGGAGUUUUCCAGGAAGAGGCGAUUCGAGCGGUGCUGCUGGAGGGACAGGUGUUGGAAGGGGUGAUGGCAGGUGGAGAGGGGUUGAGUGGGGAUGGUCAGGGUGGAGGGAAAACAGUGCGGCGUGUGCCCGGCACACGCCGCAUCGAGGAUAACCUAUCGGAUCUUCGCGCACAGGUGGCGGCGAAUCAGCGUGGCAUUGAGCUGAUAGGCGAGCUUGUGGAGGAGUGUGGGCUGGAAACGGUGCUGGCUUAUAUGGGGUACGUGCAGGUGAAUGCAGAGCAGGUGGUGCGACGCAUGCUCACCCGCACUGCCUUGAAACACCUGGAGAGUCAGAAGCAGCAGGUGGCCGCCAAGAAUAGUGACAUAGCAGCCGAGACUGAUGCUGUAGCAACCGAGCGAAGCGACUUAGCAGCUGAGAAGCAGCAAGAGGGUGGCGAUGGGGAGACUGCCCAAGCCAGUGACGGUGACGGUGACAACCAGGUGGUGGUGCUGCAAGGAGAGGACCGCAUGGACGAUGGCUCCUUGAUCCGCCUGCGCAUCUCCAUCCACCCUUCCUCAGGCUCUGCCCACUUCGACUUCACGGGCACCAGCCCCGAGGUGUACGGCAACUGGAACGCUCCCACUGCCGUCACCACCGCUGCUAUCAUCUACUGUCUGCGCUGCCUGGUGGACUCUGAUAUUCCCCUCAACCAGGGGUGCCUGGCGCCAGUGCGGAUCACUCUCCCGGUGCACUCGCUGCUGUCGCCGAGUGAUACUGCUGCUGUGGUGGGCGGCAAUGUGCUCACGUCGCAGCGGGUGACGGAUAUUAUUCUGGCCACGUUUGCUGCGGCGGCGAACUCGCAGGGGUGUAUGAACAACCUCACGUUUGGCGACGGCACGUUUGGGUAUUAUGAGACGAUCGCUGGAGGGGUGGGGGCGGGGCCGACAUGGCAGGGAGAAGACGGGGUGCAGAGCCACAUGACUAAUACCAGAAUCACCGACCCUGAGGUGCUAGAGCGGCGCUAUCCGGUGCUUCUGAGAAGGUUCCGGCUGCGGCAGGGGAGUGGUGGGAAUGGGGAGAGGCGGGGCGGGCAUGGGGUGGAACGAGAGGUGGAGUUCUUGCGUCCUGCGACUGUUAGUAUGCUGUCUGAGAGACGGGUUUUGGCGCCGAAUGGGGGUGCGGGGGGCGGGUGUGGUGCAAGGGGGUUGAAUUUGCUGCGGAUUGCUCGGGAUGGGAGAGUGGUGAAUUUGGGUGGGAAGGCGAGUGUGGGGGUGGAGAUGGGGGAUACGUUGCUGGUGUGCACGCCUGGGGGAGGGGGGUGGGGGGUGGGUGGUGCAGGGGUGAAUGUGCCUAGUGCAGAUGAUAGCUGGCCUAAGUUCAGCUGUGAGGAGCAAGGAUGGUAG